UAAAUUUUUUUUUUACCUUUUCUUUUAUCACCAUCCUAAAGCUAACAUGUGUACAUACUUUUUUUUACGAAAACGAGCAGGGAAAGAUUUAUGACGAACAAGGCAAAGAUGCUAUGGAAUGGGUUGAAGAAGUUGAUCCUUUUCAUUUAGAAACUUUAACAACAUUGCGAAAAUACCAACAGGCUCAGCCAUCCGAACAAGAAUGGAUGAGACAAUGAACGAAGUGGCUUUAAGAACAAAAGAAGAAGGCAACAAAAAAAGCGGGAAAAGUUAUAAAAUAUAUUCCCCUGACCAGAAGGCACUUUUUCUGUACUAUUUGCAGGUGAAGUGGUAUAAGGCUGCUAAAGCAGCUAGAUUGUCGCGUAUAGCUGAGCGUACUGGUCAGCAAUGGGCUAAAAGAUUGAGGAUGAGCCUGAAUGGGAUAUUUUUGAGAAGCAAACGAAUAAGGACAAACAAAAGACUGGAAUGUUGCAACAAGAGUAUAAAGAGUAUAUUAUUAAUCUAUACGAUCAAAGCUCCCCAAGCACGUGUUGUAGAUAUUGUUGAAAGUUUGACAAAGUCAUUUGAGAAUUUCAGUUUGAAAGCAACCAGUGUUCGUAACUUCAUGAAAACUGAAUGCAAUUUUCAUUCAAAAGAGCAAUAUUACGUUCUAGUGAACAAAAUUCUGAAGAUAAACUUCGACAGUGCUUUGAAUGGGUAGAGCGCUGGAUAUCAGCUAAUAUGGACUAUCUUUCUAACUGUGUUUUUGUGGAUGAAAUUGGAUUUGACAUAAAUAUGCGUCCACCUUCAGCCUGGUCCACAGUUAUUACACCGGCAAUUGUGGAAACCCAUACAAUAUUGGGUGCUAUCAGCGCA